AUGGCCAUGGCCAUGGCCACGGAUUUACAGUCCCCCGCGACCUCCACAAUUCACCCAUCGCCUGCGCAGUCUAGAUCCAGAGCCGCCUCAAAGGCAAGAUCCAGAUCUCGACCAGCGCGGCGCCGAAGAGACUCGUCUCCAGUCCCGUCCUCCCCACCCGGCCUGCCGACACCCGCUUUUUCGCCCGAAGAUGGACACACCGAUAUGGACGACGAUAUCGUCGAAGAAGAUACACUAUUGCCAUUUGAUCCUCGAAGAAUCACGCCCACACUCCAUGCAUCGCUCGUUUCUGAGAUCCUCAACCUCCGCCGGGAGGUUGAUAGUAAAACAAAGGCAAUCGAUUCGUUGGAACUGAGCUUGGACGAAUCGCGAACAGAGGGCGAGAUCCUCAAUGCGAAUUUGUCGAAGGCUACUCGGGAAGCUCGGUCUUUGAAGCAUCAGAUUCAGCUUCUCGAGGGUGGGACCUCGUCUGCGAUGGCAGAGUUGGCCCGAGAGCGAGACGAAGCGGUAGAAAAUAUUAACGAUGUGCGCAAGAAAUUUGAACAAGUGCAAAAAAGGGCUCGCAGUCGGGAAGACGAUGCCGAACGAACACAGAUGAUGUGGGACCAGGAUCGAGAGAAUUGGGAUAAUGAAAGGCGGAAUCUUGAACGGAAAGUUCACGUGGUGGAGGGUCGUUUGAAGACGGUUCUCAGCGAAGUUGCUGCUGCCCAAGAGGCUAGCAGUACUCUCCAUUCGCAACAAUCCAGCGAACACGAUGAUACCACCAAGGCAAAGAGCAAAGGAAGUGACACAGCUAGUGUGGCAUCGAGCAGCCAAGGCCGCCGGCGUGCUAGUAUGACCAGCGUGACGACCGAUGAAGGGGACGACCAACCCAACUUCCACAAUGUACGAUAUUCCGUGAUGAGCAUGGUAGCUGGCAAGGGCGAUUCCGGGUUGAAUCUCGCGCAAGAAUUGGAUUUCGAUGAGGAAGAGGAGUUUGUCAUUUCUGAUGAAGAAGGCCCGUCAUCGCCCGGUGCGCUUCCCGAAGAACGACCUUUAUCUGUCCACUCGGCUGCAUCUUAUGCUGUUUCCUCGAAGGCGAGAAAGAUCCUUGGUCUGUCGAUGCAAAGUACUUCCACCGCGGCGGGAGAUUACCGUGCGUUGGAUUUGGCGAGUCCUUUGAAGACACCAGAGCUACCUGCUGUUGAAUACUGUGAUAUGGGAAUUCAAUAUUCGCCUCCUCCGUCUCCCAAAAUACCGGCCGUGGCUGAGCCAGAGGACGUGCCUGCAUUUGUGGACACAGCAGUUUCAACCGAGCCUUACCAUGAUAUUCCCGAGAUGAAGGAUACUGCGACGAUCACUGUUGCAGCCGAGAUGACAUCAACUUCGUGCCAGACUGCGGAGGAUCUUUCCAGCGUCACAGAACUGGCUGUUGAGCAGACUGCCAAAUUCAAGCCAGUUGAAAUGGCAUCGGCAUCCACCCAAACAGAGGAUAUUUCUAACGAAGAACCCGCCCCAGUUCAAAGAGCUACACUAUCCCCGCAUGACAUUCCAUCAGAAAUGGAUGUUCCCAUGAUCACCAUCCACCCACCAGUCUCAGAGCCACCAUCACCACGAAACAGCGUGGUUCUUCCCCCGCAGACGAAGAAUGCGUCAUGCCAGGCCAAUUUCCGAUCAGUCAUUGAGGCACGCUCUAUCGCCAUACAAACGGAAGAGAUUCGCAUCGAUAACCGACCAGUAAAACUACCGGCCAGCCUCCUCCCCUCCGCAAUCCCCGACCUUCCUACUCGGGCCGAGACUCAAGAUGCUGGUGUGCAGCAGUAUCAACCGUACCGUCCGCCAGUACCUCCUCCUCGAUCCGCUAAACGACCGACGACAGCAGACCGACCCGUAAAACCACCCCGCGCACUAGCAUCUGAACUAUCCCAAGCUUAUCCAGGGAAUAAUGACAACGGCCCUCUUUCAGACGAUCCUAUGUCCGGGCUUCGACGUCCUUUCCGCUCUAGCAGUCUCUUUGCCGGUUUUGAGCAGCUGAGCGAUGACGAGGGCGGUGCAACGGAGCGUGACAUCUUCACAGAUGAAGAGUUCCUGAAUCGACCCUUCGCCUCGUAUAAGCUUCGCCGUGGCAAAAUGGUCAACUCCAAGCAAAGAACUAGCUUGGAUGAUAUCGGUCUUCCGGAAAUCGAUGAGCACCUAUCCGAUCCCGAGUCUCGACAGUCCAUCGAUACAGAGCGAGCCUCAACCCGCGGCGGCCGAGGCGCUUACGCUUCUAGCAGCAGACAGCCAGGUAUGCGCAAGAUGGCCAUGAUAUCCAGCGGGACGGCAGCGCACCAGAAGACUCGAGCCCGGAGCCCCAGUGAGCCAAGUCUCAGCGGCAGCGCAGGUUCAAGCAUUGCGCCUCCAUUCCCAGUUCCGAUCCGGUUGAGUUCUCGGAAGCUCCCAUUGACUGGCAGCGAUGGACCCCCGAGCCCGACCCGCUCUGCUGGUCGACAGUUCUCGGAUCGGGGUGCGCGCACAUCUCUCCACCGGCGACCAACACUUCGCCGGGUCCGAUCUGCGGCUGCGAUGUCUCAAAGUGAUCUUACUGAGCGUCCAGAGACACUGUCUUCGCCAACGCGAUCUACUUCUCCGUUUACAGCGGACAGUCCAACUGCAUACGCUGCAUAUCGUCCACCACCUAUGCCAUUUGACGAUAUCACAGCCCCUCGGGAGCGACGAGUUGCUCAGAACCCUCAGAAACGGACUUCGCACCACCGCGCUGCUGUACCGUCUAUGAAUUGGAACCAUGAGCGAGAGGAUUCAACAGGUGGUGUCCAACCCACUAGUGUUGUGGACGCAAUUGCCCAAACGAUGGUUGGUGAAUGGAUGUUCAAGUACGUUCGUCGACGUAAGUCUUUCGGCAUGGGCGAGUCCAAGGAACCUUGGGAAGGUAAAAACCCCGACGAGGUAUCUGCCAACAUCACCAACAGCGGUGUGCGGCACAAGCGAUGGGUUUGGCUUGCGCCUUAUGAGGGUUCCAUAAUGUGGAGCAGCAAGCAACCGACCAGUGGACCUGCCUUACUGGGCAAGAGUGGGCGGAAAUUCACCAUUCAAUCCGUGCUAGAUGUCAAAGACGACAACCCUAUGCCCAAGGGCUCCGGAACCCCAACCCCAUUCAACCGCUCAAUCCUCGUCCUCACCCCUCAACGCGCUCUCAAAUUCACAGCUCUGACAGUAGAGCGCCACUACGUCUGGCUAACAGCCCUAUCCUUCCUCAGCCACUCCUCAAUGGGCCUACACGACCUCGCCGCCGUCCCACCCGCACCAACAGGCGAAAUGCCCGGCUCACCCACACCACCAACAGCCAGUCUCCGCCGCAACCCAAUCCGCGACUCAAUCCGCGUUGCAAAAGGUCGACCAAGACCCAUGCCAAAGGGCAAACGAUCCUUUGGCAACGCACCCGACCCCGUCCCCGAAAUUCCAACAGCAGACGACGACCUAGCAGCCGACCCUCCUCACGUCCCACGCUUCUCAAACCACAACCGCAAGCGCAGCAACACAAGCACAGCUCCCCGACCCCCACCAGCCAUCCACGCUAUCCGAAGCUUCUCCAGCGCAGGAACAAUGGCCACAAUGCCCUCCUCACACAGCGGCUCGUCAGACCCAUACUUCUCGCCCGCCCCAAUCCCACCACCAGCCCUGCCCCCGGGUAUCGGCAGUGGGCGCAGCAGUAUUAGUCGGACUUCUGAAGCUAGUGGACGCGCUUCUAGUGCCGGUGCGAGCAAUAUGUUUGAUGUUGGUACGGUGCGCAUGGAAGCUUUCAUCGAUCAUCAUGCUGAGCAGAUUAAUCGGCCUCGUGGGGUUCCUUCGGUGUGUGCACCGUCUGCGGCUUCGACGAGGGGAAGAAAGACUUCUAGUCAGUUUAGUCAUGGGAGAUACGAGUUUGAUGCACCUUCUGUUGAUGGGGGGGGUGAGCUUUCGUUUCGGUCGGAUCCGUUUCGGGGGUUCUGA